AUGUCCUGGAAAUCGGUACCCCCCGUAUUGUCAACCUCCCCCUGGCACAUCGCCGCCGUCGAUGCCGAGGGCGCAGCAGUACCAGGAAACCUCGUUCUCUCAGAAUGGGGCACAGUGCACCUCCGCUACGUCGACGUCGAGAAUUUGCCGUAUGAUCAGUGGCACAAACAGAUCCGGUGCUCCAUGAUCGUCGACCAGCGAUACAUCCACACCAGCCACCCGUACUGCCCUCGACCGCAUUCAAUGUAUCUAUGGUGCCGGGACCAGACUGUGCGCGUUGAGCUGGAGGCAAAGGCCCUCGGGAAAGCGAUCAUGAACGACUUGUCCGUGGAAGGUUACACCCGGACACACUACUCUAAAUGGCCGGCCAACAUUCGUGCUGCAGAGUCCGCACCAGCACCAGUCGUCGAAGAGGCCGCCCCGCCUUCAGCGCCAGUCUCAACAGUACUUGAGCGGGCCUUGAUCGUCAACCGGUGGACAAACACUUGCGAUCUUAUACUUAGGCACAUUAUAGACAGUUAG